CUUGUAUGCAUAUUUAGUGGCGAGGCGGGAGCGCGCGGCUGAUACCCGGAGACUGGGCUGAGGCGGUUAGUCCUCUCCCGGCCGCCGUCGCCUCCGACAUAUUGCCCGCAGGAGCUGCGGCGGCGAAGCGGAGAACGCCGGGGGGAGGAGAUGGGAGGACGAAGAGGUCCCAACAGGACGUCCUACUGUCGAAAUCCACUCUGUGAGCCAGCAUCCUCAGGGGGCUCUGGUGGGGGCCACACCUCCAGUGCCUCGGUCACCAGUGUCCGUUCCCGCACCAGGAGCAGUUCUGGGACGGGCCUCUCCAGCCCCCCACUGGCCACCCAGACGGUUGUGCCCCUACAGCACUGCAAGAUCCCUGAACUGCCAGUCCAGGCCAGCAUUCUGUUUGAGUUGCAGCUGUUCUUCUGCCAGCUCAUAGCCCUCUUCGUUCAUUACAUCAACAUCUACAAGACAGUGUGGUGGUAUCCGCCAUCCCACCCACCCUCCCACACCUCCCUGAACUUCCACCUGAUCGACUUCAACUUGCUGAUGGUGACCACCAUCGUUCUGGGCCGCCGCUUCAUUGGGUCCAUCGUGAAGGAGGCUUCUCAGAGGGGGAAGGUCUCCCUCUUUCGCUCCAUCCUGCUGUUCCUCACCCGAUUCACCGUUCUCACGGCAACAGGCUGGAGUCUGUGCCGCUCCCUCAUCCACCUCUUCAGGACCUACUCCUUCUUGAACCUCCUGUUCCUCUGCUAUCCGUUUGGGAUGUAUAUUCCAUUCCUGCAGCUGAACUGUGACCUCCGAAAGACGAACCUCUUCAGCCACAUGGCCUCUGCGGGAAGCCGGGAGACGGUCAGCGGCCUGUCGCGGAGCCGGGACUACCUGCUGACACUGCGGGAAACGUGGAAGCAGCACACACGGCAGCUGUAUGGCUCAGAUGCCAUGCCCACCCACGCCUGCUGCCUGUCUCCCAGCCUCAUCCGCAGUGAGGUGGAGUUCCUCAAGAUGGACUUCAACUGGCGCAUGAAGGAAGUGCUCGUCAGUUCCAUGCUAAGUGCCUAUUAUGUGGCCUUUGUACCCGUCUGGUUUGUGAAGAACACACAUUACUAUGACAAGCGCUGGUCCUGUGAGCUCUUCCUGCUGGUGUCCAUCAGCACUUCGGUGAUCCUCAUGCAGCACCUGCUGCCUGCCAGCUACUGUGACCUGCUGCACAAGGCUGCUGCCCACCUGGGCUGCUGGCAGAAGGUGGAUCCAGCACUGUGCUCCAACGUGCUGCAGCACCCGUGGACUGAAGAAUGUAUGUGGCCGCAGGGGGUGCUGGUGAAGCACAGCAAGAACGUCUACAAAGCAGUCGGCCACUACAACGUGGCCAUCCCCUCUGACGUCUCCCACUUCCGCUUCCACUUCUUUUUCAGCAAACCGCUGAGGAUCCUGAACAUCCUCCUGCUGCUGGAGGGCGCCGUCAUUGUCUACCAGCUAUACUCAUUAGUGUCCUCGGAGAAGUGGCACCAGACUGUCUCACUGGCACUCAUCCUCUUCAGCAACUACUAUGCCUUCUUCAGGCUGCUGCGGGACCGCCUGGUGUUGGGCAAGGCCUACUCAUACUCGGCCAGCCCUCAGAGGGACCUGGCUCACCGGUUCUCCUGAGCCCCAGGGCAGCCCCAGGGCCAGCAUCCAGGCUUCAGACAGGGACUCCCUGGCAAGGGGCUGUUGGGGAGGGUUGGGCGGGGGACAAAAAAAAAAAAGACAAAAAAAAAAACAAAUCCACCAGAGCUUUGUAUUUUUGUUACGUACUGUUUUCUUCCUUUGAUAUUUGAUGUGAUUAUGAGGAAAAAAAAAGUCCUAUUUUUAUACUCCCAACAA